AUGAGGAUGCACUUCGCUAAGUAUAGUCUUAGGGUCAAAUGUCUCGGUACUUGUCUGACACUAUCACUGCACCAUGGGAUAUGAAACACAUGUAGUAUUCUGGUACGGACUAGUUAUGCAUUUUUACACACAUGUGGUGCAUGGAGAACAACAAGAAAUCACAUUCGAUGCCAACAAAGAAAUAAUAAUAUUUGCUAAACCCAGCGACGGUACAAACGAAACGGUCGCAACAGGUCUGAAUAUUACCUUCGUGUGUCGCACAGAAGCUUUAGAUGUUGUCAACGUUGAAUGGUACAGAAACUACGAAAGAAAUAAAACAGCUGAUGUGGAGUUUUUCAACAACAAGUGUCAACUGAGGAUGCAAACAUUGCCAGGCCUGUAUGUACAACAGACGGACUGCAAAAAUGGACAAUUCACGCUGAGGAUAAGACACGUCGAUAUCCGUUAUGAGGCUGACUGGUUCUGUGUCGUCCUAAUUGGGAAGAAAAGACAUCAAAGCCAGUUCGUUGCUCUUCACGUUCAAAACAUAAGUGUUGGCAAUGGAGAAGAGAUUACAGACUCCACACCUCAGCUUAUAGGUGCAGCAGCGAGUGGCGCCUUGGUUCUACUUGCCGUUGUUGCUACCGUGGUUGGCCUUCUCAGGUCAAGGCGAGCAAGGAACACUGCAAAUGCUGGACCGAAAUCAAAACAGAGUGAACAAGACCAAGGAUCAUAUGAGUCUGUGGUGAUGGAGGACAACCCGAUCUACAGCUCCCAUGACGAAAAAAACAGUGUCAAUGCUCACCCACCUGCUCUGUCAGUUCGUUCGGAUGCUUCAUGUGACCAUGUUCCAAUCUUUUGAAACAUGUGGUGACCAUGCUGAGCCUGCUUUGCUAACCCCAUGAUAUUGUAUCAUACGUUCACUGUAAGCCUUCCACAUCGGGCUGUGCACCUAGUUUAUGCUUCAUUGUAAAUGUUGUUGUCAUUAACCAUAGUUAAUCUGUGGAUUAUUGCUUUGGCUAUGUAAGCCUUCCACGUCGGGCUGUGCACCUAGUUUAUACUUCAUUGUAAAUUUUGUUGUUAAUCAUAAGUUAAUCUGUGUAGUAUUGCUUUGACUAUGUACGCCUUCCACAUCGGGCUGUGCAGCUAGUUUAUACUUCAUUGUAAAUUUUUUUGUUAUUAAUCAUUAGUUAAUCUGUGUAGAAUUGCUUUGGCUUUGUAAGCCUACCACGUGGGGCUGUGCACCUAGUUUAUACUUCAUUGUAAUUUUUUUUAUUACUCAUUAGUUAAUCUGUGGAUUAUUGCUUUGGCUAUGUAAACCUUCAACAAGGGGUGGGGAUUUUGGGUGGUAGGGAUUUGUUCUCCCACUUAGCCAAGGGUAAGGCUAGGUGUUUUAUUACACUGGACCCAUGUGUAAGUUGACCUAAGACAAUGACGCUCCUGUACAUAACUACUUUCAACUGUAUAAAAAAAACUUGUAUAUACGGCAAACAA